UAAGGUCAGCUGUCACAAAUACCGAGAGGAUUUUUCACCUAUUUUUUCCUGGUAACUAGAUCCCGGGACCCUGCCGGAAGACGGAAGAGGGAGAUGUCUCUACGAUGCGGGGUAGUGGUCCGCAUCGUGAGACCCCAGGUAUUUGGAAAAUAUUUAUGCAGCCCAGUCAGAGCAGUAAGUUCCUUGCCAGAUAAAAAAAAGGAAUUUUUAAAAAAUGGACCAGACCUUCAAGAUUUUGUGUCUGGUGAUCUUGCAGACAAGAGCAACUGGGAUGAAUAUAAAGGAAACUUAAAGCGCCAGAAAGGAGAGAGGUUAAGACUACCUCCAUGGCUAAAGACAGAGAUUCCCAUGGGGAAAAAUUACAAUAAGCUGAAAAAUACUUUGCGGAAUUUAAAUCUCCAUACAGUGUGUGAGGAAGCUCGCUGUCCCAAUAUUGGAGAAUGUUGGGGAGGUGGAGAAUAUGCUACUGCUACAGCCACAAUCAUGUUGAUGGGUGACACAUGUACAAGAGGUUGCAGAUUUUGUUCCGUUAAGACUGCAAGAAAGCCACCUCCGCUGGAUGCCAAUGAGCCCUACAAUACUGCGAAGGCAAUAGCAGAGUGGGGUCUGGAUUAUGUUGUCCUGACGUCUGUGGAUCGAGAUGAUUUGCCUGAUGGAGGAGCUGAACACUUUGCAAAGACUGUAUCAUACUUAAAGGAAAGGAAUCCAAAAAUUCUUGUGGAAUGUCUCACUCCUGAUUUCCGAGGAGAUCUUAAAGCAAUAGAAAAAGUCGCUCUGUCAGGAUUAGAUGUAUAUGCACAUAAUGUAGAAACAGUUCCAGAAUUACAGAGGAAAGUUCGUGAUCCCAGGGCCAACUUUGACCAAUCUCUGCGGGUCCUGAAGCACGCCAAGGAGGUUCAGCCUGAUGUCAUUUCUAAAACAUCUAUAAUGUUGGGUUUAGGCGAGGAUGACGAGCAAGUAUAUGCAACAAUGAAAGCACUUCGUGAGGCAGAUGUGGACUGUUUGACUUUAGGACAGUAUAUGCAGCCAACAAAGCGCCACCUCAAGGUUGAAGAAUACAUUACUCCUGAAAAGUUCAAAUACUGGGAAAAAGUAGGAAAUGACCUUGGAUUUCAUUAUACGGCAAGUGGCCCUCUGGUGCGUUCUUCGUAUAAAGCAGGUGAGUUUUUCCUGAAAAAUUUAGUGGCUAAAAGAAAAACAAAAGCCCUGUAACACUUAACAAGACAUUCAAGAUCACACGAAUUUUGAGAACUGGAUUCCAUUUGCUAACAGAGGUGGUGGCAGAAUGCCUAUGCUUCGCUGGAUGAACCCUAAUUUUUGUUUUAAGAAAAAUGUCAAUAAGUUGUGCAUAUUUAAUUAUAGCAAUGUAUUUGCCUUUUAACAUAUCUUUUUUGUCCCAAUAGACAGUUGCUUGCUGUGAUGUAAUCAUAAAACAUCCUUGUAAGAGCUUACUGUUUUACAGUAUAAUUUAAAAAUGCAUUGAAAACUUCUAGCAAACCUUAAGCCUCUCUGACUUGUGCAUCAUUGAUGCAUUGCAUUUCUGAUAAAUAACAUAUUGCGAUGAAACAGGCAAUAUAGCUGGAGACUCUGAUCAAAUUACGUGUAAUUAGAUUUGUUCUUCACAUAACAGUAUAACAUCAUUGGGAUGAUUUAGAAAGGCUUAAGAGCUUGCAUGUUGACUUUUACAUUGGUGUGACCACUGUAAAAUAGUUUUGCAUCAAUUACUUGUUUAGGGCCUCUGUGAAACCAAGACCACGAUGUUGUCUGAGACAGGGAAAUGUGAUCUAAGGGUAGUUUGCUAUCACCAUGCACUGUCCCUUUUAUUCCUCACAUUGCUCUGAGGAGGCGGUUGUAUGCAUAAUAGUAGUGAUCUGAGUAAGGAAUUUAUUUCCUAAGUACCAGGAACUUUUGACUGAAUCUUGUCUUUCUUCUACAUCUCACAAAGGAAGUCUUUAGGUGACUAUAUUGUAAAAUAUGUAAUGUGGAUAGCCAGUUCUGUUUUGAGUUUUAAAAUGUGUGAACUAGUAUUUUUAAUAAAAAUAAUGCAUAACUUUGAAAAUUAGUACAUUUUAAUUUCACUCACGGGAAUCAAACAUACUUUGAUUCACUUUCUUUAGAGAUCCUAGUAAAUUUUGCCGUGUAAAAUUAACUCCAUCACUUUAAAUGUAAACAUCUCUGACAACCAUCCUCCCUAAAAUCUAUUCUUUCACGGGAAUAAUAGAUUAGAUUCUAAUGUUUCCUCAUUUUGCACUAUGGAGGCAAAUGGGAAUGAAACAUUUUAGCAGAAGAAUCUUUUCUGCUAAAUGAAAUUUAAUGGAAUCCAGUGUAAAAUAAUUAAAAUGGCAUAACUAACCAUUAUACCAUGACUAAAAUCCAUGACCUAAUGCCUGGCUCUUGCUGGACAUUCGGAUGUGAUGAACAUAUGCUGUAAAGGUGUACUCCCUUGCACACCUGUAACAGACAUACAGGCUUGAAUUUUUAAGAGGCCAGGGCAGAGCUUUGACCUUCCUAAACAAUGAUGCAUUAAUAAGAAGUACAUUUCGCCCCAGCCAGCUUGGCUCAGUGGAUAGAACGUCAGCCCGAGGACUGUAGGGUCCCACGUUGGAUUCUGGUCAAGGGCAUAUACCUUGGUUGCAGGCUCGACCCCAGGUCCUGGUCAGGGCAAGUCCGGGAGAUAACCAAUCGAUGUGUUUCUCUCACAUAGGUGUUUCUCUCUCUGUGUUUUUCCCCCUCCCUUCCACUCUCUAAAAAUCAAUAGAAAAAUAUCCUCCAGUGACAAUUAACAACAACAAAAAAGUACAUUUAAAUGCAGAGGCAUGGCAGGAGGUCUCUACAAAAAUUCUUGAUUGGGCAGCACAAGUUAAUAAAUACAUCAGUGUUCUCCCAUGUGUUACAAUUUGUUAUGUGCCCAUUUCAGUAUGUCUGCUCUUUUUAUUUAUGUAGUACAGAUGGUGUUUUUAAUAAAGUGAAAGUGAUAAAUGCA